CGAUGUGUGCGCCGAGAUGAGGCCGGGGCGUCGGGCUGAGCGCUGCUCCGCCGGCGGCGCAGUGCACGCGUCGCCGCCUGCGAUGAAGCGGCAGCAGCGGCAGCCCCGUUAAUCACCGGGGGUGGGUGGGAGUGGGCUAAGGAAGGAAGCCUGCUGUGGGCCACAUCUGCGUGUCAGUCUCUCUCUCUCUCUCUCUUUCCCCCUCUCUCUCUCUCUCUCACACACACACACACAAACACAUAAGCGCGCACACACACACCGUUUAUCACGCACGAACACGCACAACGCGGCGGCGGCUGUGGAACUUUGUCCGCGGCUCAUGCGCCGCACAGCAGGGAAACGCGCCGUCGCCGCGUCUGUGGACAGUUGACAAGGCUGUGGAGACACGCGGGACAGACAGGGAGAGUCAGGCCGAGAGUCUGAGCAGGAGGAGCAGCAGAAGGAGCAAGAGGAGCAGGAGGCUCCCACUCGGAGCCCCCAGCCCUCAGCAGGAGCAUGGGAGGAAAGCAGAGCACGGCGGGCCGGCCCCGUGCCGCUUUCCCCGGCGUCUCCACGGAUGACAGCGCGGUGCCGCCCUCGGCCCACUUCGGUCACUACCGGCCGAGCGGCACCAUGGGCCUGCGGAGCCGUUCCGUGAGCUCAGUGGCCGGGAUGGGCAUCGAGCACAGUCCCGCCGUGCCCUUCGGCUUAUACAGCCCCAGAGGAGCGGACUCAGAACGGGUCGGUGGAGGCGGAGCAGCCGCCAACAACAACAGUACCAGCACCGGCAGUACUGGCGGCGGCACCACAGUCGCCCCGCCGCACGGUACCGGCGGUUAUCAUGACACCAGAGGAGGAGGAGGCGGAGGAGGAGGAGGAGGCGGAGGAGGGGGGCUGGUGUAUCUGGGCUCCCGGGCGUCGCUGGCUGACACCCUGCCCCUGCACAUCACACCCCGCUGGUUUAAUGGACACAGCGCAGGGUUCAAGUGUCCUGUCUGCUCCAAAUCUGUGGGCUCCAAUGAAAUGGAGGUUCACUUCAUCAUGUGUCUCAGUAAGCCCCGCCUCUCCUACAACGACGACGUGUUGGUGAAAGACGCUGGUGAGUGUGUGAUCUGUCUGGAGGAGCUGCAGCAGGGAGACACCAUAGCCAGACUGCCGUGCCUCUGCAUCUACCACAAAAGCUGUAUAGACUCCUGGUUUGAGAUAAACCGCUCAUGUCCUGAACAUCCAUCUGACUGAGCAGCAGGAGACUCAGCACUGGUUCAGGAUGUCUCUUCUGGCUGUGUUGCCGUGGAAACGCAGAUACCUGUGAAGAGCCCACAGAACAAUCACAGUGAUGAAGGUGUGACUGGAACCUGAACGUCAUCCCUUCAUCAUUCAUCCUCCUGAACUGAACCAAAAAUGUGACUGUCACCAAUGUAUGUAAGGGGAGUGUCCUCCCCCGUCCCUUCCUCCCUCCCUUUGUCCCUCCCUUCGUCCCUCCAGAGCCGGCGGCAACAUGACACCAGCUCACAGACUUCGUCCAGACUCAGACUGUGGACCAGGAAGUCUCUGCAGGGACCUCGUGUCCUUACUGAUGUCAAGCUGCUGGACAACUGUCCUCCUUCAGUCCAGAGCCGGCGUUGUCCCUGCUCCACGUGGUCUAAACUGAGGACAGGAAGUGGAAGAGGAAGAGGAAGUGUUUGGUCAGCAGUGAAACACAAGAUGGAGGAACGGCAGCGAUGUAAAACACGUCCAGACCUUUCAGUCCAGACCAGGACUGGUGGACUGAAGGUUCUGGUUCCAGACUCAGCUCUGUGGCUGCUACUUUAUCAUAUCA